GGCGCUCCCCGGGGAGUACUUCCGGUGAUAGUAUUUCCUGUCAGUGUUUGUAAACUGAGAAAAAAAAUUGGAAGUGCGACAAGAAUUAAUAAUCUUCAGCGGUCUUUAAAUCGAACGACUUGGGCCCCCGAUGAUUUGGGGGUGUGUGUGAUCUCUUCUGUCACCCUUCAUCCUGAGUGAAGCCCCUCCCCCUCUGUCCCCUCAAACACACACGCAUUCAAACCACGGCGAUGACACACCAUUCCAACAAUUCAGUCCGAGACCAUAUGAAAUGGGCUGGUCUGCUUGGCUGUGAGGCAGUGUUGUCCAGCAUGGCCCUGAUGCAAGCCAACAAUAUCCCGGGCCAGAAGAAGAUGAUGUCAUCCAUGGGUCAGGGACACAGAGCCAGCCCCGAGAGCCACCAGACGCACUCACAGCACAGCCUCAACCACCAUGGACACCACCAGGUUCACCAUGGACAGGCCCACCACAGUCACAUGGGACACCCCUCAGGAGGGACCUGUCCCCCCCUGGUGAGAGAUGAGACAGAUGGAGAUGAGCUAAUACGAAAAGACGGAGACUAUCACACAUCAAGGAUUAUUGAGAGUAAGGACGUCCAGACGAACCAGAAUUUGCAACCCAAGAAGAAACACAAAAAAUCUUCCCACAAAGUCAAAGAGAAAGUAGAGCAGUUACUGCCGCAGAUUGAUAUGAACGAUGACAGUCCCUUCAAAGUCCAGAAGAACUUCAUCUGUGACCACUGCUACGGGGCUUUCCGGAGUAGUUACCACCUCAAGCGACACAUCCUCACACAUACAGGGGAAAAGCCAUUUGCCUGUGAUGCGUGUGACAUGCGUUUCAUUCAGCGUUACCACUUGGACAGACACAAGAGGGUGCACAGCGGAGAGAAGCCUUACCAGUGUGAUAGAUGCCAUCAGAACUUUUCACGGACCGACAGGCUGCUGAGGCAUCGGCGUCUGUGUACAGCUCGGGUGAGUAAAGAGGAAAACCAGUUCCAGGAUGUGUCUCCCCAUACGGCUUCGUGGAGCCCCCUACAACCCUCCAACAGCCGUCUGACUGUCUGAUCAGCGUCUCCUAGCACCCAUCUGCAGCUCAGUACCCCUUCUUCCUGGAGUCUGAAUCUAAAACUAACCUUAAAUCCACCAAACUUGAGUUUGCUCUCACCAGCACAUUCAUGGAGCUCAAUACUGGAUUGUUUGUAUUUUUCUACUUAUUGUUACCUUCAUAAUCCAAGCAGGAAGGUAUGGACAAACCUAAUGCCCAUUUAUGCUCACUUGACAUUUGUAAAUAUGUUCAUCCAUCUUCCUUGCGUCCAAGUCUCUUUAAGCAUUGUCCCUUUGCCCAGUUGAGAUGUUUAUAAAUAUGUACACAUUCACACAGCCUCUCAUCAACAGGUUUUCCCAUUUUCCCCCCCACUGGGCAUGUAGAUAUGCAUCUGUAAGCUCUCUGUUAUUAAUACUCACCACAUCAACACAGAGGGCAGACAAAAGUGUCUUGUCUGUUUGCAUUUGCAGAUCGAAUGCCGAGCAUAAAUGGGCUCUUAACAGAUGGAGAUAAUUGGAAUAAUCUUUGGUUUGCUGAAGGCUGGAAGUGAUAAGUGAUCAGAGGACAUGCAGGACUUUGUUUGACCUUUUUAACAUUUUAUCCGCCUGUUACCAAACAUUAAAGAACACACAUUAAAACUCACAACAUGUUUGUCUAAAAUCAUCUUAGGUACUGCUAAAAAAAUCUUCUGAUCAGAUAUUGUAGGUCCGUUCCAGCUGAGUUACUUCAUUGUAGUGAAUGUACAAGGUAGAUGUAUAACACAUACAGAUCUAAUCUACUACGACCAAUCAUACAGCUCUAAAACAGGAACAACAGCUACACUCGUGUGUAAAAUUAUCACCUGAAAGUGGAGUUUAUCUCAUAAUUUAAUACCUGCAUUAAUGCAGUUGUGUAGUGACUGUUAAUACUUCUGAUCCUCAGUCAUAGCAAAGCAUCCAUUUAGUUGUUAAAGCUACAGAUUUUUACAGGAACCCAGAUUAUCAGACGUUUGUGAUUAGUGCCACCUGUAGAAAUCUGUGACACUAUCUCAUGAGCUUAAAACACUGUUUUUAUUUUUAUUUUUUCUCUGUAGUGUUUAUAGAUUUGUUUCCUUUUAUAGUUUUAAAACAUGAAAUUAGAAAUGGUUUUGUAUCACUGGAUUAAUUAAACUCUUAAGUACUGGA